GUAUAACCAGGUCCUUGAUUUCACGAUCUGAGAAGGACUUGUUUAUGUACUCGACUGGAAAAAAACAUAUUUUUUGAUGUUGGGUCAUUCGUGUGGCUCUUUUGUAGGAGUAGAUUAUUUACUUAGCAAGAAGAGAUUUGGCAAAGUCAUCACCCAGUCAAAAGCCAUCAUGAAAGUUAAUUGAAAACUGAUAUGAAAAACAAUCCCACACAGACUUCAAUCUUAUUGAUCGGCAAAUGACCAAAAACAACUUGUAGCUGCCCGUGUAAACAAAGUAAAAUAAGAAACUUGUGAAGCGUUUUUUAAUUCGUUUGUCACUUGAAUGAGAGGUCGCUUUUUGUGUCAAACAUAAUACUUGUAGCCUCUUUGGUGUCCAAGUGCCUUUCAGUCAACACUGUCAGCACCAAAAAUGAUUUACAGAGUUGGGAGGUUAACCGUGGAAACCUUUCGGCUCAAGUUUGCACAGCCCUUUCUUUUACUUCUUGUUUCCAUCAGCGGAAAUGGCACAGUAUAAGAAGUUAACCUUUCAGUACUAACAAACUGUUUGUCCUGAGCUUCAAUGAAUAUUUCUAGCAAACCUGAGAUGAACCAGGUCAGUAAACUUGAGAUUUGAGUGAUCAGAUGUAGGAGGUGCAUUCAUGCUCCUGAUAGCUUCAAGCCACUAUUCAGUUUGGAGUGGCAUUACUGUUAAUCGUCCUCAUACUCCUAAUCGUACAUAACCAUCCACUGAGCAGAAAACACCAUUUCCAUACUGACUGCUAUGCUGCUGUUCAGUUGUCAAUACCGAUAAACAAUAAACUUCUGUUUAUCAACAUCUUCAAUGAUAUGCAAAUUGAAUCAAAAUUUGAUUAAAAGAUGAAAUCUGAUUGAUACUGAGACAGCGGGUCUUAGGUGUGGAAUGACUGCCGCAAGCCAGUCCUGUAGCAUAUUAGAGCCCUGUGGGUUUUUACUUGGAGCCACUUGUCGAGAGCUCGCUUCAAGAGCAACCGCCUUGCCAAGAUGGCGGUGUUAUGAUUUUGAUAACUCGUUAAGAUGAAGCCCUUAGGCAAGAGAAUGUGCAGUUGCAUAUUCUAAAUAUAGAAACACUAAUAUUGCUGCAAACAUGAAUUCUUUAUAAAACAAAGAAAAUUAGAAAUCAAGCACGAUUGCAUAACUAUUAAUGUCAUGCAUGCCAACUUUGCAAGGUUCUUCUACUUCUUCACAAGUCGACAUACAUGCAUCCACUUAAUUCGCAUACAUGUCAGUCAGUAUUGGUGUAUUGCGUAGACGCAUUCGUCAGUUACCGGAAACCCGUUCCUAUAUAUAAAAUAGUGCUCACUCUUCCUCUACCAACACAUCUCGGUCAAACCUCAUUUGCAACACGUACUACCUAUCACACAACAAUUUCUUUAAAUGACUGAAGUGUUGGUCUAAUCGAGGAUAACAGCUUUUACUAGUUACAUUACGCAAUGGUUAAUGUGAGAUUUCGUUUAGAACAUAUGAUGUCAUCAGCUCAUUGUUCAUCAACCAAUGAAAUCCAAGAGUGUAUUCUUUUAAUUAAUAGGAUCAACCAUCAUGUCAAUCACCAAGUCAUUAGCAACUCAGUCACGGCUAACUACAAAAUACAAUUCGAUCGUGGACAUGAAGUCCUGACUUUAGUAACAUAAGUUCUAAGUUAGUGUUUUCACCCAGAUUAUUUCUUUUCAUGACUUUCAACAAAACUAUUAAUUCUGGUGGACGGAUUGAUCGACUAAGGUGUUGAUGGUUGUUGGAAAUAUCAGUUUGAUUGUUCCGUACACCGUAGAGAAGGUCCUACUACCAAUCGUAAGGGUAACCCAAUCUAAGGCUACCAUGAGCGACACAGCAGAUUUCUACAAACUCCACCGCAAGUACUGUAAUACUAAUGCCUUAAACACAAACCCCAAACUAGACGACUCUGGUCAUAGGAAUGGAGCAAAAACCAACGAUAGUCCAAAAUCACCUAAACGCAUUACAGGCAUGCAAAGUAAAGGAUCCCAAAAGGAGAAAUUCUUCGGAAAGUCUUGGAGGAACCGAUCCAAAGUGAUUGCAAAUGCUGGCAACUCGUUGUGGUCUCCCGAUUCCAAGGAAAAUUAUUCGUGGAGUUCUGUCGGUGGUCGUCAAGUCUGUCUUACCACAAUAGAUAUUAGUGAUUUAACAGAACCAGAAAGACUAGCUCUACAACAAGUUGCUUUGACCAAACUACGCCAUCUAAACCUACGCAGUCACGUCACAAUCCCUAAAACCUCUCGUUCAGACAAAAGAACCUCUUCAUUAAAGAGAGUUUUGUCUUUGAAGGGUAGACUGGCAAGUGGAAGCUCUGAUAAACCUAAUGAUACUGGUGUUUUUGCAAUACCUCUGUUGAAAGCAGUGGCUCAAAGUAACCCAGAAAUCACACAUAAGAGAACAGACAAAGACAAUGGAGAGAAUCAAGGAGAAUUCAUUGACAAUAACAAUGUUGAGAUUCCUAGAGCAAGAAGGCAUUCUGCGUCAAGUGUUAACCAACAGUAUCCAAGAGGAGAUAAAAGUAAUGGACACUCAAGCCGUGACCCUCCUGAAUCCCCUACAUGGAAAUCCAGACUAAUAGAUGCUUUAACACUGAAUUCAUCAUCAGCAUCAGCAUCUUGUAUUAUAGAUAAACAAGCUACAUUAUCACCUCAACCCCCUAGAGUACCUCCUAUAGUAACACAAGCUAUUGAGCAUUUAGAAAACUAUGGUCUUAAUGUUUUAGGAAUCUUUAGAACUGGAGGAUCAAAAAGGCGAAUGAAACAGAUGAAAGAACAAUUUGAUUCAGGUGAAAAGAAAAAGUUUACAGCAGAAGAUAAUCCUCAUGACGUAGCGGCAUUAUUCAAGGAAUACUUUAGAGAUUUACCUGAACCCUUACUUACUAGAGAACUGUAUGCAGCAUUCUUAGAAACCCAAGGAAUGGAUGACAUAAGCCUUCAGAAAACUGUUUUACAAUUAUUAUGCUGUCUCCUGCCAACCCCUAACAGGGACACGCUUAAAGCUUUGCUAGAAUUCCUAUCUAAAGUGGACUUCUACUCUAAGGACAGAGUAGAUGAGAAUGCAAUUGAGAUUCCUGGUAACAAGAUGAGCAGUCAUAAUCUUGCUACACUUAUUGGGCCUAAUAUUUUACACAAAGUAAAGUCAGGUCAUCACCAAGACUUUCUAGUUGAGGAUCGUGCGAGAGCUGAAGAACGUAAAGAAGUAAUAGCUGUUGUCGAGGAGUUAAUAAUGAAUUGGAAGGAAAUGUUUGUGAUUUCCGCGGAUCUUUACAACGAAGUUUAUCUGUAUCUCCUGGAAAAUGAACCGGAAAUCCUCGAUUAUUUGUUACGAAAAAAGACGCCAACAAGAAUGAGCGCGAGCCCAGAUGAUAUCCUAGAAUUCGAGGUUCCUGUCACCACGAACAAACAAGAAACACCACAACAUAGAUGUCGAUGUCGAUCAACUGGCGAAUCGGAAAAAAUGACAGGCGUUUUUCGCACGGCCAGCGCACCCAACACGCGCCUACCCCCUGRUUAUCAUCAACAUCGACUACGUAACCAAGGUUACACAGUUAGAUCAUCUCACGUGACUCCUGUUCGUAGCCGUUCGUUAAAUCAAGAGGAAGGAAAUGCUUUUAAAGGGAGGAAGUUCGUUCGCCAGUUAUCGUCACCUGAAAAUACCCAUCCUCACUCUCCUGGAAGCAGUAGAAGUAGACAAAGAACUCCACCCCUCCACCCACGGGGAAAUCAUCGGAUGGGAGGCAGUUUCAGCGAACCUCCGUCACCAGCAUUGUCUUCAUCUUAUUCUCAUUCUUCAUAUUCAACACCAUUGUCAUCUCCUCCAUCAACUCCUUACUUCUCCGCAGAAUCGUCGUGUUCAUCGCCUGUUACCGUGUCGUAUCUUGGUAGCGAAGGACCGAUUGUCACAGAACUUGCAGAACUGCUCAACGAAGUAGAAUCAGAUUUAGCGAAAGAGCGCGCACUUGGACAUUUUAAUGCUGAUGGGAACAUGGACUUAGAAAACGAUAUUCCUGAUUGGCAAUUAUCCCGAUGGAUACAGUGGGAAAGUAUCACUCAACGAAGGAGUAGUAAAAGAGACGCUUUAGAACAAGAAACCUUAGUUUAAUGUGUUAGUCACUAAGAAACUAAACUUGUGUGUGACAGAACAAUAAUUGUUGCGCAACAAUAGAACAUUAUUGCGCAAUGAUUUCGUGAAGUUAGAUAGCAGCUGCUGUCACAAUUUUGUCCAUUGAGGGUGAUUAUAAUUUAUAUUAUCAUCGAAUGCGCAAAGUAAGCUGACUUAGAUUAAUCAGAAGACAUUCAGCCUCUGAAUACGCUACGAUUUCAGUCGUAGUAUAUUUUCAAUGAUUUUCAAAUCCUUAGACGAUGUAAUAAUUAGACGAUGUCAUAUUAUCAGAGAUAAUUGACAGAUUUUUCUGUUUUUAUUUUAAGAGAACACAAACUAACUAAUAUCCGGGUAUGUUUCGUGCGCUACCUUACAUUUUUAUUCAGUUGACAUCAGCUGUGCAUAAAAAGUGGACAUCUUUUGAAGUUAAGAUUAUAGUUGAAAGAUAGAUAAAGUAGCAAUAGUCCUCGUUGUCACCUGAAGGCUUGAUAGACAUGCGCACUCUAUUUAAACACAUUUUACAGUCAAUUUGGACGGAAAAUAUUACGAUAAGUACAGUCUACACUGUGUGUAGGAAAACUCUGUAACGCCUUGUGAGGCGAACAAAAUUUAGAUAAGAUGCACAUACUAUUAUUGACUUUGUACAUAUAUUGAGCACGUUCAUGCGUCAUAUGGAACUGAACGACAAGGGAGUUUUAUAUAAUGAUUAUUAUUAUCACCAUUGCGAGGCUCUUAUUGACUCUGUACAAAAGUAAAGCGAGUUUUAUUUCAUCUU